AAGCGGUAUAUACGCAAUGAAAACUCAUUACACCACAAGUGCAUUUUUCUUGGCCCCAGCGAGGCCAAGAAUGAUCGAAACUUUCCAUCCACCGCUUCGAAGGAACUUUUCCAUGAGCCCCAAUUCUCUUUGUACAACAAAUCAAAUGAAGGCAUAGCGGAAAAUCACCACAUUAUUGACCUUUACUGUACAAACAGGGUUACGUCAAUAUUUCACGUAUAGGAACUGUGUUGAAAAUUCCCUUCUUUCCAAGUGCUGCCACCUAUAUUAUACAAUCCGGUUAGGAUCAUGGCUGAGGUAGGGCAGUUAGAAGAUGCGGCUUUAAAACGUAAAGAGCGUCUCCGUCGAAUGCGUCAGAGAGCUGAGGGAGAUGGGGAAGGUUUGGAAGCUCCUGACGCCAAACGAUCAGCAGGAAACGAAAAUGAAAUGCUUCCAAAGCCAGUAUUUAGGAGUUACAAGCCUCAGGAUGAGAAUCUGAAAGAAAAUGCACUUCCCCAAAUGAUACCCUCAAAAGUUGAAGAACAUGUCAAAGACCACCUAGAAGCUGCCAAACCUGAGCCUGUAGUGGAUGAAAUAGAUCUGACGAACCUAGCUCCAAGAAAGCCAGACUGGGAUUUGAAGCGAGAUGUGGCAAAGAAGCUGGAGAAGCUGGAAAGGCGAACCCAGAGAGCAAUUGCAGAGUUGAUCCGAGACCGUUUACAAGCAGGAAAAGAAGACUUGGCCACCGCAGUGAAUGCUAGCGCUGAAGUCAUGCAGAAAGUGGGCGAUGACGCAGAUGAUGAUGAUGAUGAAGAGAACUGAAACAAUAAGCUUAAUUGUUUUUGGUUGAAAACAAGGGUUUUCCCAGAACAAUCCAGCUGGAAUUUCCAAGGCCACCAGCAUCACCAGAUGGCCUUUCUUUCCAAAGACGGCUGGACUGCUUGACAAAUUUUUGGAAAUAUGAAAUAGGCAUACUUGGAAUCCCUGAAAAUUUGUAGGAAAUUACAGGUGGUAAUUUUGGACGGCCAAAUCCUGGAAAAAAACCUGGUUGAAAAUGGCUGCAACUGAAGCAGUACAUCAU